CAUGGUUCCAGUUAUGAAAGGAAGGAAAACUACAGUUCACGCCAAAGAAGUUUGUCUCCAGAGGACAGGGAUAUAGACCGCCGCAGGUCUCCGUCUCCCAGAAAGAGAAGAUACUCUGAUGACAGCAGAUAUGAUCAGGAAUAUUCAAGAAGGGAGUACUAUGACGACAGAACUUCAGAAGGAAGAAGACCAGAAAGGGGGAGAGAGAGACACUAUGAGAAAUGGGAGGAGAGAGAAUCUGAUCGAAGGAAGGAAAGGAGAUACUCAUCACCAGAUCGUAGGAGUCCAGAGAAGUCAGCAGUCCAGAGCUCACUUGCUCAUGAUGAGACCACUUCAAAGAAGAAGAAAGAAGAAGUGGAUCCAAUCCUUACUCGCACAGGUGGUGCAUAUAUCCCACCUGCCAAGCUCAGGAUGAUGCAGGAGCAAAUCACUGACAAAAAUAGCUUGGCAUAUCAGAGGAUGAGUUGGGAGGCCUUGAAGAAGUCGAUCAAUGGUCUGGUCAAUAAAGUGAAUGUUUCCAAUAUAGAAAACAUCAUCCAUGAGCUCCUUCAGGAAAAUAUUGUUCGGGGAAGGGGAUUGCUUUCUAGAUCGAUUUUGCAAGCUCAGAGUGCCUCUCCAAUUUUUACACAUGUUUAUGCAGCUCUUGUGGCAAUUAUCAACUCAAAGUUUCCAAAUAUUGGUGAAUUGAUUCUCAAGAGGUUGAUACUAAAUUUUCGCAAAGGAUAUCGCAGGAAUGAUAAGCAACUCUGUCUAACAUCUUCAAAAUUUGUUGCGCAUUUGAUGAAUCAGAAUGUGGCUCAUGAGGUUUUAUGUUUGGAAAUGCUCACGUUGCUUCUUGAAAGGCCUACUGAUGACAGUAUUGAAGUAGCAAUUGGAUUUAUUAAAGAGAGUGGGCUCAAGUUAACAGAAGUUUCUCCUAGAGGUAUUAAUGCAAUCUUUGACCGUCUUCGGCACAUUCUGCAUGAAUCUAAAAUUGAUAUGCGUGUUCAGUAUAUGAUAGAAGUCAUGUUUGCUGUACGGAAGGAUGGCUUCAAGGAUCAUCCAAUCAUUCCAGAGGGUUUAGAUCUAGUGGAAGAGGAGGAUCAGUUUACUCAUAUGUUGCCAUUAGAAGAUGACUACAACCCAGAGGAUGUUCUUAAUGUUUUCAAGAUGGAUCCAAACUUUAUGGAAAACGAAGAAAAAUACAAAACGUUGAAGAAAGAAAUUCUUGAUGAAGGUGACAGCGAAUCUGAAGCAGAUCAAGAAGGUGCGAGUAGUGAGGAAGAUGAAGAGGAAGAUGAAGAUGGUGAUGAAGAUGGUCAGAAAGUUACUGUUCAUGACAAAACAGAAAUUAACCUGGUCUCCUUCCGUCGUACGAUUUAUCUUGCUAUUCAGUCAAGCUUAGACUUUGAAGAAUGUGCUCACAAACUGCUGAAGAUGGACUUUCCCGAAAGUCAGACUAAAGAACUCUGCAAUAUGAUACUUGACUGCUGUGCUCAGCAAAGAACAUAUGAGAAAUUCUUUGGGUUACUGGCAGGGCGUUUCUGCAUGUUAAAAAAAGAAUAUAUGGAGUCCUUUGAAGCUAUAUUCAAAGAACAAUAUGAUACCAUUCAUCGUUUGGAAACGAACAAACUGAGGAAUGUUGCCAAGAUGUUUGCUCAUCUACUGUACACCGAUUCAAUUCCCUGGAGUGUCCUUGAAUGUAUAAUACUGAGUGAAGAAACUACCACAUCCUCCAGCAGAAUUUUUGUCAAAAUAUUCUUUCAGGAACUCAGUGAAUAUAUGGGACUUCCAAAUCUAAAUGCAAGAUUAAAAGACGAAACAUUGCAGACUUUCUUUGAGGGAUUAUUGCCUCGGGAUAACCCAAGAAACACUCGCUUUGCCAUCAACUUCUUCACUUCUAUUGGCCUUGGAGGACUAACGGACGAAUUACGGGAGCAUCUGAAAAACGCACCAAAGAUGAUAAUGACACAAAAACAGGAUGUUGAGUCAUCAGAUUCCUCUUCAUCUUCAGAGACGGACUCUUCCUCAGAUUCUGAUUCUGACAGCAGCAGUAGUAGCUCAGAGUCAUCCAGCAGCAGUGACUCCUCAUCUAGCAGUGGCGACAGCAGUGACUCAGAUGUUCCUAAAGCCAAAAGAAGGAGAAUGCAAAAGAAAAAUAGAGAAUCUGAUAAAGUUUCCGGGAAAAAACAAGAACGGAAAAGGAAAUCAUGUGAAAAGAAAAUGAGAAGGAGGCAGCAAGAGGAAAGAAGUGAUACUGAGAGCAAAUCAGAAAGAGAUUACCGAAACUGGAGAGAAUCACACAGGAGAGAUGACGUAUCAAAAUACCACCACAGAGAGGAGUCCAAUGGCAGAGAUGGUUACCAUAGUGGAAAGGAUAGGAACCAUGAAAGAAGUAAGGAUCUAGAAAAUAAACACAGUAAUUCAAAGCCAAAGAAAGCAGAGAGAAGAGCUGCUUUGUCUGAUGAUGAAAAUUACAGACAUUGGAGCAAAGAUAAUGGACAUCAUAGUAGAAAUAGAGAGAGGUCAAAAUCCGCAGAGAGAGCCCAUAAUACUUCAAGUCCAAGAGAGGAGGAGCAAGGUGACCGAUACAGAAAUGGCUCAGAGAAACACCGAGAGAAGUACAGCCGUUACUCUGACCAGUACAGAGAAUCCAGGAAGAACGAGGACAGACGAAGGGAGAAUUCCCCACACAGACGAAAAUAA